GGCGGGGUAGGGUUCGUCUCCAAACUUAGACUGUGGUCAUCGGACGGCGGAGUAUGCGGGCGCACGAUGGCAUGCGCUAUCGCAACACGCGCCCAGACAACGCUUCGAAGCAGGUCCUUGGCGACGGCCUUCUUCGCGCGACGUCGCUCAGAAUCGACGCCCCUUACGUGGCGGCGGCCCCGAUCCCCCGGCGCAAGUCGUCUACCCACACACCACCGCUCGCGUCGCCACGCAACAUUCGAGACACCAUCUCGUUUGCCGAAGUGUGGGCAGCCAACCAAGUGCCGACGCCGCGCGACGAGAGCGUCUGCAGCGACGGCGACAGCACCAGCGUAUCCUGGAGCCCGUCCCACGACGUUGCACGAGACGAUACAUCGUCGUGGGGCAGUCACGUCGUCGAGCGGCACGGUCACACGGUGCUGCAAGUGCAACGCAAGCGAACCCUUCGGUCCGAAGACCACGCUGACGAAAUGGUGGCGCGUCUCGAUGGCCGACCGGUCUCGGCCACAGCGUACCGCGAGGUGCCCCUGUGGCAACUAAGCGAUGACGCGUCGUCCGCGAGCAGUGACGGCGACAGUGAUGGGGUGGCAGACCCGGCAGAUAUCGAUAGUCCUCGCAGGUGUGAUCCCGGAGAUAGCCAUGGCAUACCCGAGCGACCGCGCACGGCGACUUCGGCCCUCGUGCGCGGCCUCCAGCGCAAGUUGCUGGUCACAGACCACGACGAGCACCCGUCGUCAGUGGUGCGGCGUCGCGUUGAGGAUGUCCAAGCCAACCGAGUUGUCGUCGGUGGGACCGGUAGCGUCCAAGACGACAUUAUCGUCCAGGCCAUGGAAGCCCGCCGGUUGCAGCAGGUGCCCGGGCGAGACCGCAGCCGGUCGGCGCCGAAAGCGCGAAAGCAGACUUUGACGGGACCUAUCGGCGUCAGUGGUCUUCGCAAGCAGCACGAAGACGAGGUCGAAGCGAUUCGACGCGUGUUUGAGCGCCAAAACCUGGUGUUCGACCACGCCGUCUUUGAACGAGCGCUCUUUGUGCCCGAAGACCACGUCCAUGACGAGUGCGUGAAGCGGCUACCGAUCGCGGGCUCCAAGCUGCCCGAGAACCCACUCUUGGCGAGAAAAAUGGCCGUCGAAAAAGGACUGCAGCGCAAGAAGCGCGCACCCAAGCGCCGGCCACGCAAGAAGCGAACGAAACAGAAGAAAAAGAAGAAAAAAGCGGCAACGUAAUCGCAUCCCCACGCGUCCUUGGCUGUCCCCAGCUGUUGCGUGUAGCUACUACUCGCUCGCGACAGGCCUCUCGGUAUCUUCUCGAAUGCCAGCUGCGUGGGUGGGGGAUGUACGCACUACAGUACAUGGAGCGCGGCUACUCGAGAGAGCAGUGAUGUGCGAGCUGCGCCUUUGAUACCGUGCUUCGGUGGUUCGAAUGCCGACGAACUUGAGGUCCGGUUAUCAAUAGAGAGAUUUCGCAACUCA